ACCGGCUUGCGCUGCAGCCGGCCUGGUUUCAGGGCGCCCGCAGGUCGCAUUAGGCGGGACAGUAGUCGCCGGCCAAUCGCUUAUUAGGGGGCGGGGCCUUCGCCCGUUCUGCCAAUCGACGCUAAGGGGCGGGGCGGGCGCUGCUGAGGGACAGACGGCGGACCGCUGCGACCGGCGCUGGGCGGCGGCGAUGGCGACCGCGAUGGCAGCGACCGCGGCGGAGCGAACGGUGCUGGAGGAGGAGUUCCGCUGGCUGCUGCACGCCGAGGUGCACGCCGUGCUGAGGCAGCUGCAGGACAUCCUCAAGGAGGCAUCCCUCCGCUUCACUCUUCCAGGCUCAGGCACUGAGGGGCCUGCCAAGCAGGAGAACUUCAUCCUGGGCAGCUGCAGCACAGACCAGGUGAAGGGUGUGCUGACUCUGCAAGGAGAUGCCCUCAGCCAGGCGGACGUGAAUCUGAAGAUGCCCCGGAACAACCAGCUGCUGCACUUGGCCUUCAGAGAGGACAAGCAGUGGAAGCUGCAGCAGAUCCAGGAUGCGAGGAACCACGUGAGCCAAGCUAUUUACCUCCUCGCCAACCGGGAUGAGAACUACCAGUUCAAAACAGGCGCUGAAGUCCUCAAGCUCAUGGACGCUGUGAUGCUGCAGCUGACCCGAGCCCGCAACCGGCUCACGACCCCCGCCACCCUCACCCUGCCUGAGAUUGCCGCCAGCGGCCUCACGAGGAUGUUUGCCCCCAGCCUGCCGUCGGACUUGCUGGUCAACGUCUACAUCAACCUCAACAAGCUGUGCCUCACGGUGUACCAGCUGCACGCCCUGCAGCCCAACUCCACCAAGAAUUUCCGCCCAGCUGGAGGCUCCGUGCUCCAUAGCCCCGGGGCCAUGUUCGAGUGGGGCGCCCAGCGCCUGGAGGUGAGCCACGUACACAAGGUGGAGUGUGUGGUCCCCUGGCUCAAUGACGCCCUGGUGUACUUCACCGUCUCCCUGCAGCUCUGCCAGCAGCUCAAGGACAAGAUCUCCGUGUUCUCCAGCUACUGGAGCUACAGACCCUUCUGAGCAGGCUGCCCCAGGAGCCUGGCCCCCGAGAGGGUGGCUCCUGCCCAAUGGAGGCCCUUCCCCAUACACACUCCUCUGUGGUGCCCCUGGAGUGGGCACCUCAUGCUGUUUCUCCCCCUCGCCCCACCAUUUGCACACCGGGAUGAACUCUGGCAGCAGGGCUGGGAAGAUGGCCCAGGGUGUCCACAGCGCAGGCCCAGGGCCGCAGCUUCCUCCGGGAGAUGAGAGGCAGCCCAGCCCAUUUGGCAGAAGAUGGCAGGAAGGAAGGAGGCUCAGCAGGUGGAAGCUGCUCGGGGAAUGUGCUUAGUGCCCUGACUUCGCUCUGCCCUGCGGGCAGCCUCUACGAAAUAAAGAUCAUCAGGCUGCCUGCA